CUGAUCACUUCAUUAUUUUGUUUGUAACCACAGCUGGUGAUUAUUCUGACCUGUCAUCUGAGAUGAUCAACUUCAUUGAUGACACCUACAAACUGGUUUUCAUGGAGAUGGAACAGCUACUGGCAAGACACGAGGCAAAACAAAAUGAUCAUGACUCUGAUUUGGCACACAACUCAGCAACACGACAGUUCUCAUGGGCAGAAUUGGCUGGAAGACGCCCAAAAUCAGUGGAGAGUAAAGAUUUGCACCUGACAAUGCGGAGACGAUCUGAAUUUCAAUUAAAUUCGAAUGAUGGCAACAACCUGAGUCCCAAGUUGAACCCUCCAGCGCUGAGCUGUGUGCAGAGUGAGGUACUUGGAACCUCUGUCUGUGCUGUCCUCAGGUCAGAUCGUGAACAGAUGCUUGCUGUUAGUGAACAGCUGAAAGGAAAGUUGCUUCCAUCGACACUGAGAAGCUUCAUUUGGCUGGAUAAGCUGCUGAAAAUGAAUGAAAAGUACCAGACCAGAGCUUCAGUAGAAAAUGUUGAGAAAACUACCAGGGAAAGGUUUGGGUGGGUACUUGAACGCAGAGUGGCUGAACUGAAACUGAGAAGUGCGACACGUUCUCCUAUUUCAGGACUAGUAGAAAAUGCUGUAGUUGAGAAAUUUGAGAAGACACCCUGCAUGCAGCCCUUUGCCACAAAUGAGCAGAUGAUUUUAGAAGCCAGCAAAGCACUCAAUGUCCUAUACGUUUAUGAUGGAACCUACCAACCACACCUAAUAUACUGGCUCUUUCCUCUUCAGAUUGCUUUUAAAAAUGCCUCAUCCAAGUCUGAACAUCCGUAUGAGUUGGCAAUGUAUCUGCACCUGCUCAUUGACAAUGUAUUCCCAACUUGGCCGGAAGUUUUUGGAAUGGCUGAAAAAGUGAUGAAUCGUUUAGGAAAUGAAGACCCAAUACUCUUUGCUCACCUUCAUUCUUCAUUCACCAAGAAUGCCUUAAUUGAUCCCAAAGAAUUCCUACUGGAGCAAGUUGCGCGGGAAAAGGCACAGGUUCAGCAGUUACAUAGUAUUGGGCACAACUCUGAAGAUAUGCAACACAUAAGCAAAGAAUUGCUGAAAAACCCAAUUAUACUCCUCAGGAAAUGGAUCGGAGAGGGUUUUGUAGGCAUCUUGGACAUGCCAGCCAUGUUGCUGAUCUGGGACCAGCUCUUUAUGCAAGACUGGAAGCCGCGGGUGAUGGAAGAUUUCUGCCUGACAAUCCUCUUGUUACUGAGGGAACCUUUGAUAGAGUCUGAUGAUCAUCACAGUCUGAAACAAGUAUUCUAUUCUCAUGCCAGCCACCUAUACACAGUAGAUAUUCAAAGAUCUUGGAUCCAUUUGCAACAAGGUGGCCUACCAGCUGAUAUUCCAGGAUUAAACCAAUUUAAAAUGAAGAAUCUGUAUGGACCAAACCCAAAGAACAAAAGAGCUUUGACAGGUUUCAGUGACACAGAUACUAAAGGCAUAUCGGGUGAGAUCCGACCUAUUGGAAUAAAGAACAUUUCCGUGAAACUAAAUUUGCUGAAAUCUAAAUUAGAGGAAUGGUUAAUGGAGUUCAAUCCACUUGCUAUAAAGUUAUCUGUUUCUGUGUUUCAUGGAAACUUAAAAUUACGCUCAAAGCCAUCUCUUUCUCUGCCAACCCUUCUGAAAUGGACUGAAGAAAGUACAUCCAAUGAACCAGCAGUGAUUGAAGUAACUCUUAAGUUUAAUGAUAUAUUUGAGUUUGAAUCACUUGAUUUAAGUGAGUUCAAAGUCACGAAUUCAGCUGGCCAACCAUAUGUUGUUAUCAAAGCGGUGUAUUGUCCCACUAUGAAAGAUUUUGGACCAAUACCCAUUGGCUGGGUUAAGGUAGACCUAUUCCAUCAGGAAACCACACCAUCCGGGCUAGUAUGGGCACCUCAACCACAGUCCCUGGGCAUUAUACUGUAUCCGGGAAAUGUCCCUGACAAUAUUAUUGAUGGAGCUCCACCUUAUUGCAAUUCAGAACAUGUCCAGCAAGGGUCAGAGAUCACACUAAUUGCUUAUGAUCCAUUCCUCGAAAAGCAGAAGCAUCAAGACCAGGAAACAGAGGAGAAAAAAUCGUUACCCUCUGAUGAACACAUUCGAACUGUAUCAUGGGUUGCUCACAAUCCAACUGUCGAAUUACCAGAUGCUUCAAUGGUAAAUGAGCCCUUUGAUCUGUACAUUGAUGCAAUACGUUAUAUUCCAGACAAUGCAACCAUCACCAAGGUGACUGGACGACUAAUGCAUUCAGGCCGGGAUAACAUUCCUGACAUCUUAGCUUUCCCUGUACUCACCAGCCAAGCAAGGUGCUCAGAAUUCCGUUAUUGCAUGACUGUAAAUGUGAAAGGCAAAGAAACUCUAGAUCUUGAGGCAGUUGUUUUACUUAGAGUUUACACAAUCGAUUCUGACACUGGCAAACUGGCUGUUAUAGGGAACACUGUGAUUUCCUUGUUUAAUGAACGUGGAGAGUUAAAUGUUGGAGGAUUCCAAGUUAAACUGAGAGGAGGGAUGCCAUCAAAAGAACAGACUCUUCUCACUGCAUCAUCACUGAAUCAUCAUCCUAUCAUACCAUGCUGCAGUUUAUUAAUACGACUUUUACCACACACAAAGGAGCCCAUUCCUCCUCCAGACUACUUGAGUGGAUUUUACUUCACAGAGAAUGCAAAACCAAAUAACUCUGAGCUAGAAAUAAUUUCAUCCUUCCAACUGGAGAAGGAAUUUACAGCCUCUGUGAGUGAUGCAGCAGCAAACCUAAUGAGCAAGGAGCGGGCUGAAGUUCCUCCUGAACAGUGGAAAGCUUGGUAUGAGGAAAGACUCGAUGGCAGGAAACACCUCCCAUCUCAGCAUCCACCAGAGCACCUCAAUAUAUUCCAUAUGGUUCGAUAUCGUCAAAGAGCUGGAAUACGCAUUCGAAUUAUCCAGGUUCAUGGGUUGAACGGAGAUGGCUUUUAUGUGAAUGGUUUUGCCAGAAUCCUUAAAGGAGGCAGUACAUUGCGAAUGCCUGAGAUAGCAGAAUUCAAUGAGAAAUUCUUGACCCGUAAGCAUGAUUUUUCCAGCCUUCAGAGAUCACCGUGCUGGAUAGAUCCAUCUCAGGUGUUACAUCCAACCUGGGAUAUCCACAGUGUGCUGCUAGUCCAGAUAUUUGGCAUCAAUGUUAUUUACACUCCUGAUCAUCGUGGUCAAGAACCAGGACAGGUCACAUCACGUUCAGGAAGAGAGCCAGACCAAGAUGAUUUGUUACAGUUUGGAUGGUCAGCAAUCCCUCUUUUUCACGGCCCCUAUGUGAAGACAGGAGUGCAUAAUGCUCCACUGUUUCAAGGCUCUCCUCAUGCUAUGAGCACUGCUGGGAAUGUAAUAGUUAUCAUCAACCAGCUGAUUUCACAGAAUCCUAUAAACACACGAAGAGGCCUUUUGGGUCAUCUUGCCAUAUCAGUCGCCUGCGCCUAA